AAGUUAGUGAAGAGGAAGCAACAUGAGUAUGCCCCAAAGUCAAGAGCAUCAUAGUUGUCCCUGCAAAGAACUGAUAGAAACCCAGUAACAAAAUGAUGAAAGAUGCAUUAUUCUCUUUUUUUGAUUUUCCUUCCAAGACUUAGAAGUGAUAGACUAGACCUGUUCACAUAUUCGGUAGUAAAGACAGCUUUUGACUUUUCUCUCUGGCAGUCUUUGUGACUUGGGUUUUCUGGGUCACCUGAUGUUAGAGAAUUGUCACCUAUCUUUCCGGAUUAGUCUUUGCAAAACACACUAAUUAAAGUAUUUUCAAAAUAGUCUUAUUAAGUGUCAGUUGUUAGCACUCCUUACCCUGAGUAACCUAAUUGCAGGUCUUGUGUGUCAUGUUAUGGCUUAUGAUCAGAGUUCUUAGAGUAGUAAAAGAAAACCAAUUACAGUCAGGCUUUGAGAAAUUUGCUAGGGUUUUAAUACGCUUGACCUUCGAUUUCCUCUGCCAGCGUCUGAAAGUCAGGGAAGUUUCAUCUGUUAAUGACAGGGAAGUAAAGUAAUCGUUAGUUUGUGCUGCUGCCCCUCACAGGAACUGACUCACGUAUUUUCAGAUGAAACCAUGGAGUUUUCGGGAGAGCCAGAAGCUCAGAAACCUGCUUCCUUACCAGGAAAAAUGUCAUCAUCUCAUCUGGGUUUUUAUUACCCCACGAUGUUCUCACUGGUUUUUAUGAAUUCCUUUUAAGCCUUUUUUCUGUGAAGCAUCACUGAUGGUGUUGUGUGUAACUUUGGUUCUUUAAACUUUUGGAUCGGGAGAAGUGGUGUUUUCAAGCUUUUCAUCAACUGGUUAAGCCUUGGUUCACUCCUUGUUGCUCAAGAAAAGUCACCAGGGUCGAGUACAAAAGGAGGGGCAGUCAUCUUCAAAGAAGAAAUCUCUGUAAGAUUUUCCUCCUCUUCUGGUGAGUCUGAAGAUGACAACAGCAACACGACAAGAAGUCCUUGGCCUCUACCGAAGCAUUUUCAGGCUUGCACGGAAAUGGCAGGCAGCAUCAGGGCAGAUGGAAGACACCAUCAAAGAAAAACAGUAUAUAUUAAAUGAAGCCAGAACACUGUUCCAGAAAAACAAAAAUCUCACGGACCCGGACCUGAUUAAGCAGUGUAUAGAUGAGUGCACAGCCAGGAUUGAGAUUGGACUGCAUUACCAGAUUCCUUAUCCAAGGCCAAUUCAUCUGCCUCCAAUGGGUCUCACCCCGCUACGAGGCCGGAGACUACAAACCCAGGAGAAACUGAGAAAACUUUCCAAACCAGUGUAUCUGCAGUCUCAUGAUGAAGUUUCCUAAUGGAAAGGACAGUUGGCUUUUGAGAAAGGUGAGAGGACUCGGUUUUGAAUGUAAAUCAGGCAGCUUGCCCUUCUUGAUUAGAAGCAAAACCAACACUUCCUUAAGACCUCCGGAGUUGGUCCUCACCUAUGGUAUGUGGCUGUAAGCAUCCCUAGGAUUUUUGGUGGCCUUGCUGAUGCCUAAGCUGAUGAUGGCAUUGGCUCUAGAAGACAUGGACCUUACAUCUUCACUGAAGUCAUCCUUGGGAGCAAGUCUAAGGCUUGUGGAGGAAGGCUGAAGGCAGUUGCUGGGACCGCCAUUCAACACACAUCAACUGAUCAAAAGGGGUUAACUGGUUGCUGUGAAUUCACAUGGCUACCAAACUCUGUUGCUCCCAAAAGACUUAGUAGAGGUUUGUCUACAAGUUAUUCAUUUGCUUAAAAGUGGUUUUUGUAUAGGCAUUUUGUGGUCUCCUGACUCUCGUAAUUUCCAUAUAUACCCCAUUAGAAAGGGCAGCUUUGGAUUGAUCAUACUUUGUUUUGUUUGGGUUUUUUUUUUUUUGUGGUGGGCGGGUGUUUGAGACAGAGUUUUUCUAUGUAACACUUGCUGCGCUAGAAUUCCCUAUGUAGACCAGACUGGCAUUGAACUUGUGUUGUUCCUCCUGCUUCAGCUUCUCAAGUGCUGGAAUUACAUGAUCAUAUAGUCUUUUUAAUGGAAAUAUGGUAUGGCACCCUUCUCCCUGUUGAUAAUUGGAACUCCAUGCCUUAGUUCUGUUUACCUAUCUUAAGUGUGAUUACUUAAAAUGCACUUAGGAUCUAAAAGCUUCUUUGACAUUUAUCCUGCAUUUCUUUUAUUCUACUUUAACCUAAUUUAAAAGCGCAAGGUCUAGCUGACUUCCAAGUUAUAUGCAGACAGAAAUGGGACAGAGAGCAUGUGUGGAGUCAGGUGGGAGUUCACAGCAAGCUGUUUGCACACCAGCAGAGAGUGGACCUCACUAAUAAAGAUAAGUCUCUACUUA